CUUCAUUUUAUUGCAAAUAAAUAAAUAAAUAUUUGUUGAAAGAUAAAUAAAAGGAAAUAAUUAAAAAAAGGAAAUAUUUUUCGUCGAUAAAUGAUGUCGAGGGAAACAUUCCCUGUCAUGUUAAUUACUCACUGUUGUUAUUUUCUUCUUCUAAUUACUGUAAUCUCUUUAACUGAUGGAUUUAGUCGAUGUGAUAUCAAGCAAUCUAGUCAACCAGAAUCGGUUAAUUGCCCAAAUAAGACAUGCAGUCAACACAUCGAUUGUUGGGUAACAUAUGGUCCACCACAACGAUGUGUUUGUGAUCCAAUCCUAUGCGGAUCUGUUUGCCUACCAGGUAUUUCAUGCGGUUAUAUACACGAACCAACAAAUGGACGAAUCCAUUAUAAGUAUGAUCAAAAGUUUCAGUCUGAAGCAACAAUCACCUGUUCAGAAGGAUAUAAAGUGAUGUGUGAUACAGGCUUCCUGUUGUCUACAGAAGAUGGUAUAGGAUGUAAACGUGUUUGCCUAGAAAAUGGUUCUUGGUCAGGUGAAGAUGUCUACUGUAAAGUUAUCACAUGUCCAGAACCUCAGUCAAUUUUAAACGGAAAACAUACAGUUAGCUCAUUGACUGUCAAUGGAACGCAUAUUUCUGAAUGUGAUGAUGGCUAUGAACUUCACGGUUCACAUCAUCGUGUAUGUCAGCUUAAUGGGAAAUGGAGUGGACAAGAACCAUAUUGUAAAAAAAGAGACUGUGGUCCACCACCUCAAAUACAAAAUGGUGAAGUAUCCUAUAUAACAACAACAUAUGGCAGUAAAGGAAGAAUUAUAUGUGAAGACGAUACGACGCUAUCAAUUGAAACUGAUGAGAUUAUAUGUGGAGUGAAUGGUACAGUCACUGUAUGGAAUCCUCAACCAUUUCCACAAUGUCAUCGACAUUGUUAUCUAUUUACAGUUGAACAUGGUGAUGUUUUUUUAAUUCAUCGAAGAUCUAAAGGGGAUAAACAGUUCAUACAGAUUACUACUGCAGAAUUCGGUAACGAAGAUGAUGAUGUUGGUGAUGAUGGUGAGCAUAGACGACUGGUCAAUGAAAUGUCGGGUAGAAUUAUUCUACCUGGUGGAAAAGUUAGACAUGGUUCAGAAUUAAAUGUCACCUGUCAAGUUGGAUAUGCUUUAAUUAAACCGAAUCAACCACUCACUGUAUGUCAAAAUGGUGUCUGGAGUGUACGAAGUAAAUGUGCACCAGGUAAGUAAAAAACAGAAAUGUUUAAUGUUUAAAUUUUCAACACCAAUGUGAAGUCAGUUAGUGCUUCUAAAGGGGUCAGAAACAUGGCUCACGCAUCACAAAAACCAUUUCUAACAACCUACUGGAGACCUUCAUUGACAACGGGCUUCGUAAUGAAGAUCAGAUGGCUGACCAGAAAGAAUUAACAACAAGAAACUCUAGGAAUGAACCAAUGAAGAACCUAUGACCCGGCAAAUAUGUGCCAGAAAAUGGAGUUGGAUAGUUAGGACACACACUCAGAAGACCUUCAGAUGAAAUCACGCACUAGACUGUCACUCUGGUGAAAUCCAAAUGUGAAACGACCAGCUGGAUGUGUGUCCGAAGAUAACAUGGAGGAGAUCGUGUGAGAAGGAGAUGACAGAUUAUGGGCAAUCGUGAGACAGGCUAAAUAGGACUGCAGAGAACGAAACAAAAUGGGGAUAUCACGUUGAAGCCUUAUGUUCCACCUGGAACCCAACGGAAUAAUACUUAUAUAAUCUACAGAAAGUCUACUCGAUAUCAUCUUUACUUGAUGUGUCACAAAAUUACUUGAUGGAAGCUAAAUAUC